GGAAAUCUUUAAAUGAUAAUUAAUCCAUUCUCUUAAAGGAGAGAACUCAACCAUCAUCCUUUGAUUUUUUUUAAAGGAGAGAACUCGAACAAGGGAAUGAACUCAUCCAUCAUCAUUUGAGUUUUUCUGAAAGUAGAGAACUCGAAAAAGAGAAAACUCAACAAUCAUCACCAAGUUCUUUCGAGGUUUUCUUUAAGGAGAAAAACUGAACCACGACCUUUCAAUUUUUCAUAAAGGAGGGAAAGGUUUGCUAGUUUAGGAACUCAACUGGAGUAGAUUUCUAGAGCCAUGACUGAAAACAAAUUAAACAUAUGUUUUGCCGUUGCAAUCUUUGACUAAAAAUAAUAAUAGGGUCGGUGAUCGUAGUUUAGGAAAUAUUGUUUACUAUUGUUAUCACGGAUGUCAUGUAUUCGGUGAAACCAGGGCCGAAAAGGAGGACGGUGAGGAAGAGGAAGCAUCCCAGGGCGUCGCUGUCGAAGGAGGACAUCUCGCCGGAGAAGAUGCCAAGAGAACGGUCCGAUGGAGAGGCCGAAGUGAAAAGGGACGAGGAGAAGGAGGAACUGCUCAGAGAGAACAUGACUCUGGCUAAAGAAACGAGACGUCAGGCCAGGGCGAUCAAGGAGCUCGAGAGGCAACUGGCAGAAGAAAGGGCCUUCUACGAGGAGCAGAAGUGGGAGUACGUGAAGGAGAUGUGCUCGAAGCAAAGAUGGUCCGACAAGUCGUUGCAGACCGACUUUACAGAAGACGAGUGUCAGGGUGAUUCCUUAGCUGGGGAGCUGCGCAGGGUCAGGGCCAUGUUCUACAGGCAGAGGGUCAUCACGUGCCGGGUCUGCGAUAAGUUCGUCCGCCUCCGCGAGUACAAGGACUGCCUCUUGAGGCGGCUCAGGAAGGCCGAGACCGUCUACGGAAUGGUCAUAGAACAGCUCAUGAGGCAUCUUGCCGAGGCGAGAGUUACGUUCCUCACGUCGGAAAAGAGGACGAGAUCGGACAAUAGGAGAAUGGACGAACUCGUGGAAAGGACGGCCAAGUACGCCUACAACAACGCCGCUCUGCAUAUCCAGCUCCUGAAACAAGAGAGGAUCAUCGAAGGGUUCAGGUCGAAGCAAAUCGACCAGAGCGAGUGUUGCAAGUGCUGUUCCAAAUGCCGCCUCACAGAAACCGACUCGAGGGAAACGGUCAAAAGAGCUGAGGAAAGGAAGGCUAUCACGUACCUGUCGAGCAAGCUGAAGAAGGCGAGGUCCGAGGAAGCCCCACGUAGGAGGAAAGGCCGUUUGAGGCAUUCCAAAAGCGAAAAAGGAUGAAAUCUUUUUUUUUUCUUUUUUUUAACAAA